AUGGUCCCACCUUUAACAAUAAAUUAGAUAAAGGACUUGGAAUCCAGGAGCAUACCUCAGAGGAUGUUUGAAUCCUUCAGUUAAGAUGAAUUAGUUUUGAUCAGGAAGAAUAAGAAGUUGGGACAACUAUUUGAAGGGUACUGGGUACUAUAUGGUUUGAAUCUCAUAUAGAGGGCUAAAUAACAUCCUUCAUCUGUUAGGGAUGAGUUAAUUGAGAUAGUGAUGGCUAAAAUGGAAACAAUAAAUGUCGAAGAAAACGAUUCGAUUAAUUUAGGUAGAAAAUUGAGAAAAUUGGGGAUUGAUAUAUGGCGUAAGCUUUUAGUGAUAAACUAGGAACACUAAAGGAAGAAUUGCUAGAAAAAUUGGGGAAUCAAAGUUUAAAAGAAGGAUAUCAUAAUAGUAAUUUGAUUUCAAAAAAGGCAAGAAUUACAUAACAGAAUAAAGGUUUAGUUUUUUAAGAAAUUAAGGUAUCAAUUUUUAAUGAAUUUAAAUCUAUGUAAAAUCAUUUAGAAGAUAAAAUUAUCUUUACCAAUGCUAGUUAGAUUUAAUUUGUUUAUAAUUCCUCAAAUUUAUAGAAUAUCUAAAUCCAUCAUUACAUGGAGCUUUUGAACCUUUAAACUUAUUUUGUUCUAUAGAUCUAUAAUUGUGCAAAAAAUAAUUCAAAGGUUUUACAAGAUUAAAAAUAAAGCAUAAAAAUGCUGUUAGAAAGGAUUUUGGUUUACAGAAUGAAAGAUGCUAUUAUAUAUAAUGCAUUUUCGAGAAAUAUUUAGUUGGAAGAAGAAACUAUAAGAUGA